UUUAACAUCAACACAAUUGAAUAUAUGCUAUUUUGAUAUUUGCUUGUGAAGAAAGGCUUAGUGUGCAAUGUGCGUAUUACGGGUCCAGAGCCUGGUAAAUGGACCGUCACUCUUGAAGUUAUCUCCCCUGAGACACACGCACCUGUACCGCUAGGGGUCUACAGAGAUGCGAGUGGCUGAAGAUAAUCGGAAGCGGGUAAUUUGGUUUUUAAAUUCUUAGUGUUGCUAGGCAAAAUGGAUACAUUUUCGACGAAACGCAAGCGAGAUGACCAAUUUCAGUCCGCUGACGAUCUGGAACUUAGUUUUACUGUCCAGGGGUGUGGUCUGAUCUCGAAAAGACGACGCAGAACAACCAUACACGGCACUGCAAUUAAACGUCUACAACAGUCGAAGGACAACGAUCGUACAACUUUGAAUAUGUUAAACUCCAAUCGACCCCCAUCAGAGUCUUCUAAGAACAACACCUUGUUGAAAGGUGACAAAGAUACACUUAAAGACGGCAACAACUUCAACGUCCUUCGCUCCAUGGUACACAACAAGAAGAACAUCACCAACACUGUAGUUAAGGCUAAGAGGGAUAUGUCAUAA